AUGGCACAUCCAUAUCAGUCGUUAAACAUCGACGAGCGCGUCAAACGCGUUCUCCUGAAAACACCACUAAUCGACGGCCAUAAUGACCUCCCCCAGCAGCCACGAGCCAUCACCCACGGCAAGAUCUACAACAACCCGAAGUUCGAUCUGAAAAAGGGCUUUGAGCGGGGAAUGACGGAUAUUCCUCGGUUACGUGAAGGUGCCGUCGGAGGGCAGUUCUGGUCCAUCUGUGUCCCAUGUCUAAGAUCUGCCGAGAACUUUUCGACCCCGGAGUACUCGGACAUGGCUAGGGAUGCGAUUGAACAGAUUGAUCUGACACUCAGGCUGGUCGAGUCCUAUCCAGAUGUGUUCCAGCUCGUUGAUGGCCCAGACGAUGUGAAGAGGAUUUACGCGGAGGGGAAAAUUGCCUGUUCCAUCGGUAUUGAAGGACUACACAUGGCUGGUAACAGCAUCGGUAUAAUCCGCGCGUUCUACCGAUUAGGCGUUCGAUAUUGCACGCUUACGCACGUCUGCAACAACGCCUUUGCCGAUAGUUCCACCUCCAAAGUCGGUCCCGUCCACGGAGGUCUAUCAAGUCUUGGCCAGUCCGCAAUAAUCGAGAUGAACAGACUCGGGAUGAUAAUCGACUGCUCGCACGUAUCCGAGGAAUGUGCGCGGCAGGUGUUGCGCCUUACACGGGCACCUGUGAUGUUCUCCCACUCCAACAUAAAGGCUGUAUUUGACUGUCCCCGGCAUAUCCCCGACGAUGCUAUCGAUAUGGUACGCGAGAAUAACGGGAUUAUCAUGGUGACGUUUGUGCCUGAGCAUGUGGCCACCAGGCGGGCGGAGGCCAGGAUAGAUAUGGUGCUUGAUCAUCUGUUUUAUAUUGCGGAGCGGAUUGGAUGGGAGUUUGUCGGGUUAGGGUCGGACUUUGAUGGGAUUGCGUCUGUUAUACCGGGGCUAGAAGAUGUGAAGUGCUAUCCCAGGCUGCUGCAGGCGAUUCUUGAUAGGGGCGCGACGGAGGAACAAUUGGCCCUGGUCGCAGGUGAGAAUAUCCUUCGGGUGUGGAGGGAUGUUGAGAAGGUCAGGGAUGAGAUGAAGGCUGAGGGUGUUCUUCCUGUUGAGGAUGUCUGGGAGGAUCGGACAUGGUGGAGAUAUGAUGGGUACUACCAGAUGCCUGAUCCCGAUCCAGAGGAUAAACUGGGCUUGGACUGGUACGGAGUGCCGCCGCCAGAGGAGGGUUUAUAUCUUGAAGAGUAG